UUCUUCCUAUUUAAGACCUUUCCUUGAUUUCCAUUCCAUACUCAUUUGUUACCAUUUAGGUUGAAUUUUAUGUAAACUUCUGACUAUCAUAUAAACAUAUGGUUUAUAGAACAUCAGAAGACUUAUCUUUGUGAUGCCAAAAUGAAAAAGUUGUUGACGCAUUGGGGAAAUUGAUCUAUGCACCAAAAAUGUCUAAAACUAGAACCAAGAUUACUUUCUAUGAAGACAAAAAUUUUCAAGGCCGCCACUAUGACUGUGAUUGCAACUGUGCAGAUUUCCACAUGUACCUGAACCGUUGUAACUCCAUUCGAGUGGAAGGAGGCACGUGGGCUGUGUAUGAAAGGCCCAACUUUGCUGGGUACAUGUACAUCUUACCUCGGGGUGAGUAUCCUGAAUACCAGCAUUGGAUGGGCCUCAACGACCGCCUCAGCUCCUGCAGAGCUGUUCACCUGUCUAGCGGAGGCCAGCAUAAGAUUCAGAUCUUUGAGAAGGGGGAUUUUAAUGGUCAGAUGUAUGAAACUACUGAAGAUUGUCCUUCCAUAAUGGAGCAAUUUCACAUGCGAGAGGUCCACUCCUGUAAGGUGCUGGAGGGUGCCUGGAUUUUCUACGAGCUACCCAACUACCGGGGCAGGCAGUACCUCCUGGACAAGAAGGAGUACCGGAAGCCCAUCGAUUGGGGUGCAGCUUCCCCAGUUGUCCAAUCUUUCCGCCGGGUUGUGGAGUAAUGACAGGGGGGGCGGGCGCCGUAGUUUCUUCCUGGGGGCCAAAUGCUGGCUGGCUUUGUCAUCCAAACAGGCUUCAUAAAUAAAAUAAUUGGCGUGCAUUCCA